UCUUCUCAUAUUUAUUAAAGACACAAGUUUGAAAAAAAAUAUACAAUGGUUCUGGAAUUUGUGUGAAGAACAUGUGAUUAAAAUGGAUUUUACUCUUUUAUUCUUUUCUUUAGUAUCGUUAUUUCCAUUAGCACAAUGCGGAGCAAGUUUACAAAUUAUAAAAAAGGUGGAUGAAACAUUUAUACCCUUAUCUUCAUCAGAUCCCCGUUUUUGUCUCGUGGAGGAGAAGGUUGGGGAACAUUUUUCUCUGCUUUGUGAGUUAGUCUUUCCUCGCAAUGAGUCAGGAUAUGAUGGACAUAUCUCUUGGAUCAAAAAAUCCAACAGAUUCAAUGCUACAGUUGAUUUUGACCAACUAAUGAAUUCGAAUCUGGAGGAUUUUUAUGAUACCUUGGCUCCAAGCGAGCUUAAUAAGGCAGAAAAGAAAUUUGAUCCAUUGAAAGUCAGUGACAAUGGGAGUUAUAUCUGUUUUACUUUAAAGUACAAAAAAUAUGUUAAUAUAGAUGUAAUGGUACGUAGUGACGAAAGAAUGAAAAUACCAAUGAUGUUCAAAGAACCUAAGUUCUGUACUGAUACUAUGUUUAAAUGUGUGUCUAAUGGCCUUUGUGUAAUACCCCACUAUGUGUGUGAUGGAAGAGCUGAUUGUAAGGAUGGAUCUGAUGAGAGCUUUGAAAAUUGUAAAGGAGACCCUUGUAAAGAUAAGCUGAAAUGUGAUGAUGGAAGAUGUAUACCAACUGCUUGGUGUUGUGACAGAAAUGUAGAUGCUAAUUGUACAGUUACAAAUAGACCUCAGUGUUGUCAGGUACCGUCAGAAUCGUAUGGAGAACUAGAAUAUGGGCUUCCAAAUUUAACUGCAAUACAACAAAGCAAUGCAAAUGCAAAAUAUCUGUUUAUUUCAGUUUGCAUUCUGAGUAUACUCUUUUCACUGGUUCUCUUGCUUUUGAUCCUAUCUAAAGUGAUGAUAUUCGCCAAAAAAACAGCUUUACAACAGAGACAUUGUCCUCCGAAUGUGGCAUACUACCAUCAAGGUUCUGCGAGAACAGGCAGGGACCAGAGCAUAGCUAUGUGCCACAUUCCGUAUAACUUUUACUCCUUCCGAGACAACCUCAGAGAUGCAUCAAGGAAUUUACCAUCAGAUGAGGCAGACAUGGGAAACCCCCUCCUGGAAAUCCCUGGAAGAAAUAUGGAUGAUAGACCUCCAGCUUAUGGAGAGCUUGAGCAAAAUAAUCAAUAUUCUGAACCACCUCCUCCAUAUACCAGUCAAGAAGUGUUGAAUCAAGAGAGGAAUUGAAGUUGUACCUAACUUACCUUGACGCAAAUUGGAAUGAAUGAGACGUUUGUAUGUACAUUGUUGGGAAUGUUUUUUGAAGAAUUUUUCUUCUGGAAUAUUUCAUAUUGCAAGGUCUGCUUCAGAAAAAUUGUUUAGAUUUUUCUGUAAUAACUUUGUUUUACUCCACUGCUUUCAUCUCAUUACUAGACUGACAAACCCUGUUUAUUGGGACUGAUGAAACUAUUUUUGUAGAUAUAUUUUAGUUAGGAAGGGAAAGUAUUGAAAUUGUUCAUUAUCCUUUUUUAGGCGUUUGAAACUCAUAUCAUAAAAUUACCAGGAAAGAAAAUUUAUGAACAUAUCAGUAAUUACAUAUCUCUUGGUUUUUGAUAUUUUUAGCAAUUUAUCUUUGUGAUUUUAUUACUCUUGAGAUUAUAUGAAUUUAUCUUUGACAUAUCCUGUAACUUUGUGUUGUCUUAUAUUCUAUUGGAGUUGUAUACUAUGUUAUUGUCUAUGAUUUAUGUGUAAAUAUCAUUGGAAUCUUGAAAAUAAAUAAACAGUAUUCUUCAUAAAACAUAAUUGUAAGGUUCAACUAAGUCCAUUCAAUAUGUAGAAGUGAUAGAAUAACUUAUUUUGGUUUGUUGUUCUGGAAAAAAGACAAUAUGAGACUUAUGCCGACCAGUACAAAUAUGCUGAAUAAAGUUAUUUUAU